CCCGAGCCAGCACCCACCCGAGGGCCCUCUUCGUCCUGGCACGGCACUUGGGACCCUUUCUCUGCGUCCCACCUCCCCUGGCCUCUUCCCUCAGGCCAGUCCCCUCCCUCUCACCCUCCCGCCCCCACCCCCCUUUCUCGGGUGCUCCUAGAGAGAGACCAAACCCCGCUGCCCAUUUUCGCUGGCCCCCGCCCCCGCGGCGAGGGCUCCUAAGUGACGUCAGGCACAGAGCUGGUGAGCUGUGAGGGGCCCGGGCGUCUGGGCGGCUUCUCUGGAGGCCGUGCGGAUUCUGGGGACUUCGGAGCCAGGCAUUACGAGAGCCAUUUCAGAGCCCUUGCUGAUUUCACCAUGCCAGUUGCCGCCACCAACUCUGAGUCUGCCAUGCAGCAAGUCCUGGACAACCUGGGAUCCCUCCCCAAUGCCACAGGGGCAGCCGAACUGGACCUGAUCUUCCUUCGAGGCAUUAUGGAAAGUCCUAUAGUGAGAUCCCUGGCCAAGGCCCAUGAGCGGCUGGAGGAGACGAAGCUGGAGGCCGUGCGGGACAACAACCUGGAGCUGGUGCGGGAGAUCCUGCGGGACCUGGCGCGGCUCGCCGAGCAGAGCAGCGCGGCGGCUGAGCUGGCCCGCAUCCUCCAGGAGCCCCACUUCCAGUCCCUCCUGGAGACGCACGACUCUGUGGCCUCAAAGACCUAUGAGACACCGCCCCCCAGCCCUGGCCUGGACCCCACGUUCAGCAACCAGCCCGUGCCUCCUGAUGCAGUGCGCAUGGUGGGCGUCCGCAAGACGGCUGGAGAGCAUCUGGGCGUGACAUUCCGCGUGGAGGGUGGCGAGUUGGUGAUCGCACGCAUUCUGCACGGGGGCAUGGUGGCUCAGCAAGGCCUACUACACGUGGGCGACAUCAUCAAGGAGGUGAACGGGCAGCCGGUGGGCAGCGACCCCCGCGCGCUGCAGGAGCUCCUGCGCAACGCCAGCGGCAGCGUUAUCCUCAAAAUCCUGCCCAGCUACCAAGAGCCCCAUCUGCCCCGCCAGGUAUUUGUGAAAUGCCACUUUGACUAUGACCCAGCCAGAGACAGCCUUAUCCCCUGCAAGGAAGCUGGCCUACGCUUCAAUGCUGGGGACCUGCUUCAGAUUGUAAACCAGGACGACGCCAACUGGUGGCAGGCGUGCCACGUAGAAGGGGGCAGCGCUGGGCUCAUCCCCAGUCAGCUCCUGGAGGAGAAGAGGAAAGCCUUUGUCAAGCGGGACCUGGAGCUGACACCCACCUCAGGGACCCUGUGCGGCAGCAUUUCAGGAAAGAAAAAGAAGCGAAUGAUGUAUUUGACCACCAAGAAUGCAGAGUUUGACCGCCAUGAGUUGCUCAUUUAUGAGGAGGUGGCCCGCAUGCCCCCCUUCCGCCGGAAAACCCUGGUGCUGAUCGGGGCUCAGGGUGUGGGCCGGCGCAGCCUGAAGAACAAACUCAUCAUGUGGGAUCCGGAUCGCUAUGGCACCACAGUGCCCUACACGUCCCGGAGGCCCAAGGACUCAGAACGGGAAGGCCAGGGUUACAGCUUUGUGUCCCGUGCGGAGAUGGAGGCUGACAUCCGUGCUGGGCGAUACCUGGAACAUGGUGAAUACGAGGGCAACCUGUAUGGCACACGUAUCGACUCCAUCCGGGGCGUGGUCGCUGCCGGCCGGGUGUGUGUGCUGGAUGUCAACCCCCAGGCAGUGAAGGUCCUGAGAACAGCUGAGUUUGUCCCUUAUGUGGUAUUCAUUGAGGCCCCUGACUUUGAGACCCUGCGAGCCAUGAACCGGACGGCGCUGGAGAGUGGGUUGUCCACCAAGCAGCUCACGGAGGCGGACCUGAGACGGACAGUGGAGGAGAGCAGCCGUAUCCAGAGGGGCUACGGGCAUUACUUCGACCUCAGUCUGGUCAAUAGGAACCUGGAGAGGACCUUCCGUGAACUCCAGGCCGCCCUGGAGAAGCUGCGCACGGAGCCCCAGUGGGUGCCCGUCAGCUGGGUGUACUGAGCCUGUUCUCCUGGACCUCGGCCCUCUGGAGUGGGACCCAGAACCCUGAAUCCGUCCCUUUCCCAACCGUGAGCCCCAGCCAUGAUCUUCAGCUCCCGUUCCCGGCGCUCUGGCUCUCCCUGGGUCAUGGCCCUAAGUCUGGCUUCAGCGCAGGAGGCGUGCACUGCCAGGGAGGUGGGUGUUCGUGGGGCACGUCUGUGCCCAGGUGCUACCCACUCCCGACGUUCAUUGGCCACCAGAUGUCCCUCGCUGAGGGCCGAGCCGUGCCCCGGAGUGUCGGAGUCGCCUCCAUAAUGCUCAGUCCAGAGAAGAGAAAAGCUGCUUUGGGACCACGUGGUCAGUAGGUACACUGCCCCCAUCCCUCUCGCCAGUCAGUUUUUCUCCUCUGGACUGGCCACCCUGACCCCACUCCUGGGCUGCUCCUACUUCUCGCCCCUGCAGCCUAGGAGCAGGCCUUAGGCUGGUUCCCUGUGGCCAGAGGGCUACGUGGCCCCCUGGCAGCUAGGCAAGCCCAGGUGCGGUGCCAGCCUGGUGCCAUCCCGAAGGCUGGAGGAGCCGAAACACUAGCCAGUUGCCGCAGCCAGGGAGCAGCGCAGUUCUCUGCCCCCUCAGAACGGGGCUGGCUCACGUCCUUCCCUCACGCACAGCUUUUCACUGCCGAAGUCUCUCCACAGACUUCUCCGAUGUGCCCCUGACAGGCCAGCUCUGCUCCCCGCAGGUCAAGGGCGGCAGGGGCUGCGGGCUCAGCCCAGGCAGGGGUGGGCUGGAGGCCGAGCCCUGUGACGAGGAGCCUGACAGGAAGCUCCCAGCCCUCCGUGGCCUGUGGUGGGGACGUGUCUGGGCUCCCUGUCCGUGGUCAGUGUCCAUUUUGGUCUCUGUGGCCGGGUCCAGGUGCCCACUCACAUGAAGGCGGCCUGGGGGCUGGGGAAAGGGGAGGGCUGGGCCACGGGGCAUGGCCUUGGAGGAUGUUUGCACCCCAGCAGACUCCCCGCACACCUCCAUGGGGCGCCAUCCACACUGGGGUCCCCACAGCUUAUGGUUCAGCAGGCUGCAGUGCCUGGUCUGUGUUUCUGCCACUGGCGUGUGUGUCAGGCUUAGUUUUUGGGGAGGGGAAGCAAAGGGUUGUUGAGCUUUGGAGGUCACUCUUUGGGGCCCCGUUUUCGGGCUCCCCAUCAGCCCCCCAUUUCUUAUGAGACCCUUAUCCCAGAUUCCAGAGGCUCGGCCUUCCCCAGAUGUCUCCCUCCACUCUCCUGUUGUCCCCCGACCCUAAAUGCCACCCUCCAGUCCUUGAGGAGGGCAGCUGUGUAAAAUAGGAGAAUCCCUUUUUUAAAAAGUCUGCUGUCCUUGACUUCCCCAGACAUCCCUGUGACCCUUCCUGGGGUGAACCUGUCCUUGUAGGGGACCCCCCCCAUGACCCCACCCCCAGCCUGUGUGCUCCCCAGUUCUUCUGUCUAAUCAGUCCUUGCUGCAAUGUCAGCCACGCUGGCCCCUGAACCACUGUGUGCCCAUUUCCUAGGGAAGGGGAGGGAGAGGAGACAGAAUAUUUAUUACAAAGUCAGAAAUAUAUUUAUUAUAUUAGGGAUCUCAUUUGCAUUUGCCUAGGAUAUGCAAAUGAGAUGUAAAGGUCAAGUCUACUUCCAUCUCAUUUGCAUAGCUCUGCAUCCACUAUGCAGUCAGCUUUAUGUUCCUCUUUUCCCUUUAGUCAGUGGUCUUUUAAUUUAUCCUCAAUUCAGCUCUCUCUUGCUUCACCCUCACCCUCAACCCAAGGGGACUGGGAGUGGGAGGAGAACGGGGUGUUCUCGCGCUGGCCCAGGGCCAUGGGGUUCUUUGUUCAUACCCACGUCACCCAGGAGACUUGGGGAUAGAGGCAGCUACCCCCUCCCCCUUGGUUAACCUCCAAAGCACUCUGAUUAGAAGACCAUUCUCUUUGAUGGGAGGUGGGGCUGGGCACCUUGCUGAAGGGUUGGCACAUGGCCCUUGAGGGUGAAGCUCCAGUUACUGUCUGGCACCUUCACUUCUGGUGAUGCCUGUGGGUUGGGCCCCUCCCUCCCCGUCUCUAUUCCUCUCUGAACAGCAUUCUACCUCCCCUGCCUUAGCCGUACUCCAGGGACCCGUACUGGGUUGGAAUGGGUGUGUGUGCCCACCGCGUUAGCCCUCAGGCUCCAGCCUCCCUCUUCCCACUGUGGACACUUGUAUUGAGGAACCUCAGGAUUAUAGGACCCUGCCGCCCUGUCCACACUCAGUCCCAGCCCAGAUGUGCUUCUCCCGUCCCCUCUCUCAGCCAUCCAGUUCUUGAGCUUUCUCUCUGAUUGGCUUUCUUUUCCUUUGAUUAAAUGUGAAAGCAAA